GACGCGCCGAGUGUCGAGACUCGAGACGCCCGCGGCGCCAACACAUACGCUUCUGCAUAGAACAUUCACACCAUUUACUUACUACAGAAAUAAUAAUACUUAAUAUUAUGUGAAUUUGUGUUGUAGUGUCCUAAGAUCGUAGAUAGUGUCUGUAAAAUAUGUAACAUAUGCUUACUUAUACCUUAUCGCAUUCUCAUUCGCAUUUCAGUCGGAACGUCCGUAAUAUUUCCAAUAACAAGAAAGUAAAAUCUACUUUCUAUUUAUUCAAGUAACUACUACUACAUACAAAGGCAUAGUAUAAUUAUUAUGUUACUGUAAAUGGUCAUAUCAAUAAAACUAUGAGGUUUAACUAGUAGUUCUAAGAUUUACCAAUAUGAAUUGGGUAACGUUGGGAAUCAGGAUUCUAUAAACAAGGCCUAAUUUUUCAGACUUUUACCUAUUUUACCAUUUUACUUCGAUUUAUUGUUACAUUUUGUCAUAAACGGUUGGUAAAUGUUAAAUUUUGUAUAAAAAUUGCUUUUAUAUUUUAAUUUUUUAUUAUAAUUAAGUAGAUAUUUAAGUACCUAUCAGUUCAUCUCUUAUGGUUCCCUGAAGUUCUUUUUAUUGUAAAAUUUUCGACCUUAAGUACAAUAAUGAACACGAAUGCCCGGUUCAGUUACUGUCCUAAUACCUACGUUGGCACUUGGCAUCUCGAGCAUGUCUUAUGUUAGGACAUCUAGUGGAGGAAUCAGUCUGCGCGGCACCACUCUACUAGACACAGCCUAUAAUACUCAGUACUCACUAGUCUCUUAGCCCCGAAUAGAAUUUGGACGCAACCUUCUGACCUGUGUCACGUGUGCCAGAGAGCCAGGUACGGGGCUGGCGCAACGCUUAUCGCAAGUGCGCGAAUAUCGCAGAAUGUCGCGCGCUCGCACUGAGAAAGUAAAACGAAUGCCGACUGCGGAGCCCGACGAACCGCGUCUCAAAUCUGUUUCCACACGGCACGCAUUUUAUAUAAACGUAAUAACAUAAUCAAGUGUGUAUUAUAUAAAUUAUUUACUUAAGUACUUAUAAAAUCAAUGAUUUACAAAAAUAUAUGAGUUAGGUAAGUAUCUAAGUCCUUACUGGAAAUUUACGUUAUGGCAAAUACUUAAAGCCUGUGACAGACUUUGAUUUAAAUUAAAUAAGAGUGAGGCUUUGGGCUGCGCCGCGCCACUCGCGACAGUCGAGGGCGAGUGCCGGCCGCUCCGCGCGCCCUCCGCCUGCCGCGCCGCUGGCAACAACAUGCUGACUCACUCCGAAGAUCGCACGUGGCGGAAAUGUAUACGCAUUUAUAGUUAACCAGCUGUUAUAAAUUGUGAGUGAGAGGACUGUAGAACACCUGAAACUUAUAUUAACAAUCUCUACUGAGCCUCCCUCUACCACUAAUAUUAAUUAACCUUCACUUUAUACACUCGACAAUGCAUGUAGACAUGUGAGAUUAUAGGUUUACCAACACCGCCGCCACCACUGGCAUCCAUUAUCCACUGGCGCUAGCCUAGACCGCACUAUAGACUUAGCAUACUUAAAAAUACCGUUAUAGACUAUCACAUGAAAGAAAUUGCAGGUAUGUGAGACCUAGCUUUAAAUUUGUUUUACAUGACUGAAGGAAUCGGCAGUCGCGGCUUGUGUAAAUAGACGCGCGGCGACGGCGACGCGUGUGACGGUAGAGGUGGUGUGGCUACUCACGUUGCUCCGGAACUUGAAGAACAGCGACAUGAGCGGGAGGCGCGCUGCGGGCUGCGGCCGGCGUCGCCCCGACACUGCCGCGCGCACGCCCGCGCCGCGCCCCGCGCCGGCCCGCUACACCCCGCGGCAUACGGCGCAACACCGCGCGGCACUCUCAAAGCAUACGAAACAACUCUGUUUGACUGAGCUGUGCUAAGCUGUGCUGUACUUAGUGGCUGAGGGUAGCGGAGCUGUGCGCAGCCGCGUUAUUAUCGAGCGGCGGUAUAGGCGGCGGGUGCGGCGGGCGCGGCGCGGGGAGCGGCGGCGCGCAGUGCCGAUACAGGAGUCGACAGCGUCGCACGAUGAUGUCGCGCGCGUGGGCCUGGUGGGUGGCGCUGGUGGCGGCGGCGGGCGCCCGCGAGCUCGACCCCGCCGCCUGCGCUUCGCGCUUUGAUGUGCAGCGCGACAAGAUCAUCCGCACGGAGGAAUCGCGUGAGAUGGGCGCGCGGUAUCUCUCCGAGCUGGACGUGGGUGCGCGACACGAAUGCCUGCGCCUCUGCUGCGAGACCGACGCCUGCGACGUGUUCGUCUAUGAAGAGAAGGGCCCGGGCAGCUGCUACCUGUUCAACUGUGGGCCGCCAGAGGACUUCCGCUGCAAGUUCACGGCGCACAGUAACUUCAGCAGCGGUGUAUUAGCCCUGAGCCGACGCCUCGCCGAGCUGCAAGACCAGGAGCAGCGCACGCACCACGAGCGGGAGCUGGCCAGCCUCAGAGGCGGCGUUACCACGGUAGCCAGUAGCACGGCUCCGGCGACGUCGGUGGCGCCCCCGCCUCCCGCGUCGGCGCCGGCGCACCACGCUGUGCAGCCCCCUGCGCCGGCGCACCACGCUGUGCAGCCCCCUGCGCCGGCGCCUGUGCCCGCGCACCUGGCACGCACGCCGCACGCACUAGAUGUUCCACCACCACCGCCGCCACGUCGGUGCAGCCGCUACCAGUUCGAGUGCCGGCGCGGCGGGGAGUGUAUCGCGGUGUACAACGCGUGCGACGGCGUGCCGCAGUGCGCAGACGGCAGCGACGAGGCGCCCGAGCUGGGCUGCCCCUCCCCGCCGCCGCCGCCGCCCCCGCCCGGUCCCGCCGCACCGCCGCCCACGUCCCAGCUACCCAUGAAGACACUUCAGGAGAGCUCCGAGGUGAUGGCGGAGGCGGGCGCGGAGGAGGCCGCGGCGCCGCCCGACGCGCCGCCGGAGCGCUGGCCGCACCGCCUCGCGCAGGCGCAGCCGCCGCACAGAUACUCCGGUGCCGAGGCUGCACCCAGCUCGCACAUCUUCAGCCACAAGGGCGGGCUGCUGCAGGAGGCGGAGGCGGCGGCGCCGUACGCGCCCUUCGAGCCGCCCUGGCCGCGCCGCCCGUGGCCGCAGCCCGGCGCAGACAGCAUGGCGGGCGAGCGCGGGUGGAGCGCGGGCGGCGCGGGGGCGGGCGCGGGCGGCGCGGGCGGGGAGUACGCGCGGCUCGACUGGCCCGAGCCCGACCCGCGCCGCGCCUGGCCCGUGCCGCAGCACCGCCCCGACCCGGAUAUGUCAGUGUACCUUCCGCCCAAGACGAUGCCUGAAGUUCCAAUGGUGUAUUCGAGCCAGCAGCAGACGCUGCGGGACAGCCCCAAGAAAGGGUUCGAGUUGAACAAGAAGCCGGAGGGCACCGCGCCGCCGCCCCCGCCCCCGCCGCCGGCCGCCCCGCCCGCGCCCCUCCGCCGCGACCAGACGCCGUCCGACGCACACCUCUCCGACACUAACAAGUUCCCCAAGGACAAGCCUUCAGACUCGAGAAAACCAUUGGGCGAAGGAAGUGAGAUGGGCCCGAGCGAGACGAGCGAGGGGAAAAAGGCAGGAGUCCCCUCCGCGCACCAACACUACGCGCCCGACGACCACGACGGGCUCAGCGAGCGCCCGCCCGCCGCCGUGCUGCUGCUCGUGCUGGGCGUGCUGAUGACGGCGGCGAUGGGCGCCAUGCUGGGCUGUCGCGCGCGCGCGGCGCGGCGGCGGCUGCGGCGCGGCAAGUCGCCCUUCGCGCACGACGCCGACUACCUCGUCAACGGCAUGUACCUGUAGCGCGCUCGCCACGCGCCACACAUCGCGCCGCAUCUCGCGCCGCACCUCGCGCCGCACAACGCGCUACACGACGCACGGCCGACGACUUCGACCCAGACUCGAACAAGCUUCGCGGCUGCAUCUAUGCUGACGCGCGCGCAACCCAGUAAAGAACAGAAUUAGAACUUGCGACGAUGGAUAAUGUAUGGUGUAUUAAUCCCAGUAGCUAUGUUACUGUACUGCGAUGUCCACGCGUCAUCAUAGGUAUAUAGCUGUAUAAGCGGUAUUAAUGAAAUAUACAUUAAUGUAAGAUUCGCAAGUUUUAACAAGUCCAUUGCCUGUCGUGUACUGUGUUGUCGCGUCGGGCCGCAGCGAGCGCCCGUUAUUAAUUAUAAUUCUUCGUGCUCUUAAUGUAACACUCGUGUACUUUACCAGGUUGUUUUCAAUAAAAGUUUUAUUAAUAAUGAUA